AUGGCUGAUAAUGACCCUCCCCCUUUAUUUGACAAUGUAGUAAUAUCAUCAUCUGCAGGUAUCGACGAGGAUAGCGACAAUUUAUUCGUUUCUGCCUACGAAAAUGAAUCUGACUUAAAUACCAAUAAUCAAACUUUAUUAAAUGAAAAUGAUAAUGAAAUUAAAAAUAAAAAUGAGAAUGAAAAAGAAAUUGAAAAUGAUAAUGAUAAUGAUAAUGAUGACAAUGAUUCACUUAGUGAAACAAAUCAUUCUCUUUUUGAAAGUACAGAAUUUAAUAUUGAAAAAUGCGAGGAUGAACAUGAAGGAAAUAAAAACAAUCAGUUAUUAGAAGAAAUCGAUACGGAAAAUAAUGAUCAAUUUUUAGAAAUAACAGUCACAGAUCCACAAAAAGUUAAAGAUGGAAUAGGAUCUUACAUGGUUUAUAAAGUUAACACAAAGACAAAUAUACCAAAAUUUAGGAAAAAUCAAUUUGCUGUGAAUAGGAGAUUUAGCGACUUUUUAGGUCUUCAUGAGAAAUUAGUUGAAAAAUAUUUAAGAGCCGGUAGAAUCAUUCCUCCUGCUCCGGGAAAAAAUGUUUUCGGAGCAACCAAAAUUAAAAUUUAUAAUCAAGGAGAACUUGGAGAAUUUUCCGAUUUUAUAGAAAAAAGGAGAGCAGCAUUAGAAAGAUUCAUGGUUAGAAUUGCAGCUCAUCCUUUUUUAAGUACUGAUCCAGAUUUUAUAGAAUUUUUAGAAGCGGAAGGCGGUUUGCCCAAAGCCACAAAUACUUCUGCUCUUAGCAGUGCAGGAGUUUUAAGACUUUUUAACAAAGUAGGAGAAACUGUGAAUAAAAUAACUUUUAAAAUGGAGGAAAAGGAUUCUGUAAGUUUCUUACAUGGAUUUUAUUUAACUUAUCAUCUUUUCAGUGAAAUAAAAAGCUCACAAAUAGAUAAUCUCGACAUUCAACUUCGUAAACUACAUGCGAGUGUUGAAUCAUUAGUCAUGCAUCGUAGAGAAUUAGCAGAAUUGACGUCUUCGUUUGCAAAAAGUGCGGCAUUGUUAAGUAGCUGUGAGCAACACGAUGCUCUAUCCCGUGCUCUCUCUCAGCUUGCUUACGUGGAAGAUAAAGUCGAAGUUCUUUAUAACAAUCAAGCCAAUUCUGAUUUUUCAAUUCUUUGCGAAUUAUUAAACGACUACGUUGCUUUAAUUGGGGCCAUUAAAGAUGUUUUUCACGAAAGAGUAAAAGUUUAUCAAAUUUGGCAACACGCUCAAUUAAUGUUGACGAAAAAGAGAGAACUCAAGUCUAAAUUUGAACUUCAAGAAAGAAGAGAGAAAAGUGCUCAAGUUGCAAAUGAAAUUAUUGAAUGGAAUGCAAAAGUCGAACGCGGUCAAAAAGAAUUCGAUAAUAUUAGUCACAUGAUAAAAAAAGAAAUGGAAAGAUUUGAAAUAAAUCGCGUUAAAGAAUUUAAAAUUAUUAUAAUACAAUAUUUAGAAACUAUUAUGAAUCGUCAGCAAGAGUUGAUAAAACAUUGGGAAGGAUUUUUGCCAGAGGCUAAAAUAAUAACAAAAACCGAUUACGAAAAAUAA